UCAUUUUGGAGUUGAACUUCUAAAUCUCUCUCAAGAGCCGGCUCAAUAUGCCGCUCCCGGUUACUCUCCUCUCAAUACUGACUUGAGCUUCGGAGCAGGUCCCCGCCGACCACCGGCCGGCGGGUCCUUUUGUUUUGCAGGUGUCCAUCUCGGAGGCUGGUGGUGGCGGACGUUGGACAGGAAGAUAGGCGCUCACCGGACCUCAAACACAUUGAAGCAGGCUCCUCGGAGCUUGGCAUCAACAAAUAAAGAAUAUCAUGAUCCUCAUAUUAGAAACAAUGAUCUCGGGCUCCCAAGUUAAUGCAUAAAAUGAAGAAUUUAGCUAGGUAAAUUAGGGAUUGGAAGGAGAUUGGGAAUGUAAAUUUGGAAAUUGAAGAGGGAAAGAGGAAGAAGAAGUUGCGGCAGUAGCUAGGAGAAAGAGAGGAAAAACUCGACAGGAGAGAGGGAGGAAGGAAGAGAGUAGGGUUUAGUGAUUUUCGUUCUAUAAUUGCGUAAUUAAUGAUCUUACUAAUUAUAGAAUAUAUAACCUGAUAAAUUUCAUUUUUCUACUCAAACAAUAUGACUUAACGAAAUACUCCCUAAUUAUUCUAAAAAUAGCAAAAUAAUCCAUAAGUGUCACAACCGUCAAUAAACGACAAAUGAGUUCAAAUGAUUAAAAUAGCAAAUAUCUGUGUUUCUAACAUCCUGGCCUCCUUGAGAACAACCUUGACCUCAAGGUUGAUCCUCCACGUCUUGGUUCUUCUUCCUUGCCUCCUUGGUCUGACGGUCUCAUCCUCAGCUUCAUCCUCCCAACGCCCCCAACAACAUCAUCAAGUCGGGCUAGCUCUCUGAUGUCUGAAGGUGAAUCUCUCGUUGCAGCUGACACACUUCCCUUCCCGCCUCUUCUGCUCGAUCUCCGCUGGGGACAACCUGGUGAACCCCUUUGGAGGGGCUCAAGGUCCCAGUCGAGCUACACAGGGUGUCGUUGCGGCGGCGACCACUACACCUGCUCCUUCCGUCGUGGUCACUCUUCUUCUGCUAGUGGCCACAAUACUGCUGCCAUCUCCUCCAUAAGCCUUUUGGUAGCAUCCUAUGGUGUUUCUCCAGCUGGCUAUCUCAUCCUCCUUGGACCUGCAAGUCUAAACUCCAGGCGUUAGCCUCAAAAACCUUGAUCGCGGAUGCUAUCUCGAGUCGAAGAUCCACCAUACAAAGUCUCAUUAGAGUCUCCUGGAGCACACCCUUUCACUAGUUGCCCAACUUGAGGAACUCUGUCCUGUACUAGGCUACCAUCCCAUUCUGUCGUAACUUAGCCAGCUGCUUCGGUGCCUAGCCCUCUAACUUACCAACUUGAAACCAUAGCUCUUCUUGAACCCACAACUAGGUAAUCAAUGUUUUGGCAUCAA